AUGACAUCAUCGGCACCCAAGCCAAAGGCCCUGGCUGAGCUUCGGACUGAGUCUCAAGAGUCUAGCCGCGGACCAUCCCCUCAACCCACCCACUUCAGUGUCCCGUAUUCAACGCAAACCAAUGGCAAUGGAAACAGAAUUCUCCGUUCUGCCACUGUCGGUUAUGUGGCUCCCGAGUUCGCGGGGAAGACGGAGCAGAUGGCUUCUGUCAAGCACAUCCUACAACAGGCUGGCUAUAUUCCCGACCCGCUGAUCGACGACCAGAUUAAGUGGUUCUACGAGCAGCUGGGCAUCGACGACGUAUACUUCCGUAUCGAGUCACCCGAGGCCAUUGCCAACCAUGUCAGCUCCCUCUACGCUGCCAAGGUCGCUGCUUAUUCCAGAGAAGACAAGAAGGAAGAAAUCCGCCUGGACAUGGAGGCGCACGACCACGCCAUCUACAUUGACACAAGCGAGCCUGGCGAAAGCAACGUCAGCGGGCCCAGAUACGAGUCCCGCCUUGAGGCCAAGUACCUGGAUCACCAGGGCAAGACAAAGUACCGAGUUGAAACUUUCCGCUCCCCCGCCGUCAUCGGCGCCAGCCCGUCGUCCAAGGCUACUCUUCGAUGCUACUUUGUCUACCAGUGCCAGUACGCUCAGUCUCCUGAGCAGACUGAUCCCAAGGAGACCAACAUUGAACGCAUCUCGGAUGUGGGUUUCUGGCAAAAGGCCACGGACAACACCAAGCAGAUCUACCAGGAAAUCAUUGAGCUUGCUGUCAACCGUACCGGGCCCGUCAUUGAGGUUUUCGACAUCGAGGACGUCGCCGAGAAGCGAUUGGUAGUUGCGUUUCGCACCCGAACAGCCCGCGGCAUGUUCUCCGCCCUCAGCGAUCUGUACCACUACUACGGAGUUACUAGCUCCAGGAAAUACGUUGAACAGUUCUCCAACGGCAUUACCGUCAUGAGUAUCUACCUCAGGCCCGCCUCCCACGACGACGGCUUCUUCCCCCCUCUCGACGAGUCCAUCCACCAAAUCACCAAGGAGAUUUCCCUCCUGUACUGCUUGCCUCAGAACAAGUUCCACAACCUCUUCGCCGUCGGCUCGCUGAGUCUUCAGGAAGCCGUGUAUGCCCACUCGGCCUGGGUCUUUGUCCAGCACUUCCUGAAUCGCCUGGGUCCCGAGUACGCUUCCUUGUCGGAAGUGCUCGACGCCAAUGAUCCCGCCCAGGCUGCCCUGCUGUCCAAGUUGAAGCGCCGCCUCCGAACAGAGACCUUCACGCCCGACUACAUCCUCGAGAUCAUCCAGACUUAUCCCGAGCUUGUGAGACUUUUGUACGCGUCCUUUGCCAAUGUGCACCUCUGUGCCAAGAAUGAGCAGGUGGCCGUCACCCCGGCUGUUUCUGUCCUCAGUGACGAGAAGCUCAAGGAAAAGAUCUCCAAGACUGUUGCGAAUGAGCAUGACGAGAUGGUCAUGACUGCCUUUCGCGUCUUCAACAACGCCAUCCUCAAGACCAACUACUUCACCCCCACAAAGGUCGCUUUGAGCUUCCGUCUUGACCCGGCCUUUUUGCCCGAGGUGGAAUAUCCCCGCCGGCUCUACGGAAUGUUCCUCGUCAUUGGUGCCGAGUCCAGAGGUUUCCAUCUCCGCUUCCGAGACAUUUCCCGUGGCGGUAUUCGCAUCGUCAAGUCGAGAAGCAAAGAGGCCUACGGCAUCAAUGCCCGCAACCUCUUUGACGAGAAUUACGGCCUCGCCAGCACGCAGCAGCGAAAGAACAAGGACAUCCCCGAAGGCGGCUCCAAGGGCGUCAUCCUCCUGGAUCCCAAAAUGCAAGACCGGGCUCAGGAGGCGUUUGAAAAGUACAUUGACAGCAUUCUCGAUCUUUUGCUGCCAGCGCAGACACCUGGAAUCAAGGACAAGCUCGUGGACCUGUACGGCAAGGAGGAGAUCCUCUUCAUGGGUCCCGACGAGAACACGGCCGACCUUGUGGACUGGGCCACCGAGCAUGCCAGAGCUCGAGGCGCGCCGUGGUGGAAGUCGUUCUUCACCGGCAAGUCCCAGAAGCUCGGCGGCAUCCCCCACGACAAGUACGGCAUGACCACGCUCUCUGUACGCGAGUACGUCAAGGGUAUCUACAGAAAGCUCGAGCUGGAUCCCUCCACCGUCCGCAAGAUGCAGACUGGCGGCCCGGACGGAGAUCUCGGCAGCAAUGAGAUCCUGCUGGGCAACGAGAAGUGGACCGCCAUUGUCGACGGUUCCGGUGUUCUCGCAGACCCCAACGGGCUGGACAGGGCCGAGCUGCUGAGACUGGCCAAGAAGCGUGCCAUGAUCAGCGAGUACGACAUGAGCAAGGUGUCCAAGGACGGAUAUCGGGUUCUUUGCGAGGACGCCAAUGUGACCUUGCCUACUGGAGAGGUGGUCACCAACGGCACUUCUUUCCGCAACACCUAUCAUCUACGCGACACUGGCAUGACGGAUGCCUUUGUGCCCUGCGGUGGCCGACCCGAGUCCAUCGACCUGAUUUCCGUCAAUAGACUCAUCAAAGACGGCAGGACGACCAUCCCUUACAUUGUGGAAGGCGCCAACCUAUUCAUCACUCAGGACGCCAAGCUGCGACUCGAGGCUGCCGGUUGCGUCCUUUACAAAGAUGCCUCGGCAAACAAGGGUGGCGUUACUUCUUCUUCGCUCGAGGUUCUCGCCUCGCUGUCCUUUGACGAUGCGGGCUUCGUCGAGAACAUGUGUGUCGAUGCGCAGACUGGCCAACCGCCCCGGUUCUACAACGAGUACGUGCGCGAGGUUCAAGCCAAGAUUUGCGAGAAUGCGCGACUGGAGUUUGAGGCCAUCUGGCGCGAGCAUGAGGAGACGGGGGUUCCUCGCUCCAUCCUCUCCGACAAGCUGUCAAACGCCAUUACGACUCUGGACGAAGAGCUGCAGCAUUCGGAUCUAUGGAGCAACGAGAAGAUUCGCCAGGGUGUUCUCAAGGAUGCUUUGCCCAACCUGCUGCUCCAGAAGAUUGGCCUCGACACCAUCAUCUCUCGCGUGCCCGACACCUACCUGCGAGCUAUCUUUGGCAGCUACCUUGCCAGCCGAUUCGUCUACGAAUUCGGAAGCGAGCCCAGCCAGUUUGCUUUCUUUGAUUUCAUGACGAAGCGCAUGGCUCAAAUGACUGGCCACCCUGACGGUGCCGAACAAGUCAGACGCAUGUCGAUUAGCAUGAAUUCUUUCUAG